GCUAUCAGAAGGGGUGGGUGUGCGUGACACUGGGAGAAGAGAUGGAACCAUAGCUGCAAGAAACAGCAGCUCAGGGAGCAGCAUCUCAGCUGAGCCCUAGUUUUCGGGAUGGCAGUGGACUGGCUCGGCUUUGGCUACGCCGCCCUGGUGACAUCAGGAGGGAUCAUUGGCUAUGCAAAAGCAGGCAGUGUUCCAUCACUAGCUGCUGGCCUUUUCUUUGGGAGUUUGGCUGGACUGGGUGCUUAUCAGAUCUCACAGAAUCCAAAUAACAUUUGGGUUUCUCUGAUUACAUCUGGAGCACUGACUGCCAUCAUGGGAACAAGAUUUUACCACUCCAGAAAAUUCAUGCCUGCAGGGCUAAUUGCUGGUGUCAGUUUGCUAAUGGUUGGAAGAUUAGCACUGAAGAUGUUGGAAAAGCCCCAGGAAAAGUAACUGUUAAUUUUACAUCUUAAUAUUUGGAAAAGGAAACCUGAUAAUGAAGUUGCAUGAAUGCAGAUGUGAGAAGAUGGAAAAAUUCUCUUCAUCAAGAUUUUUUUAUCUUUUUUUGUAAGGGGGAGUAGAAUGAUGGGACAGACAGUUUAUAUACAAGAUAGAGCUGUUCGUGUAUAGGGAGAAAUGGGCCCUGGGUUUGAUUUUUCUGGACAUGUUUCAAUGUAUUCCAACACUUCCAUGUUUUUAUAUUCCAAGAUAUAUUUCUGACAUGUAUGAAGCAGAGAGAAAAUAUCCUGUAAUUAAGAAAAUAUCCACAAAGAGGCACCAAGAGUAACCGGCUAAAUACAAUAAUGUAUCUCAAACCUUUCAUACUGAGUAUUACAGUGUGCUUUACCUGUUGCAUUCUGAAUUGAUAUACCAUGUCUUUAUAAUGUCAAACAGAUCUUGCCUUUUUAUUGUGAAACUGUGCUAAAAUUAUGCUUUUCUAUAAGUAAAAUUUGUUACAAACCUUU